AUGGCCGCCGCACGGCGAGGGAGAGCUUCCUCCGCGGUGCUCUCGUCCGUCUCUCUGCAAGUGCUGUUCUGCCUGAGUGGGGCAUAUUACGCCCUGUAUUUCCUAGCUACACUCCUGAUGAUUACAUAUAAAAGUCAGGUUUUCAGUUAUCCUCACCCUUACCUGGUCCUCGACCUGACUCUGCUGCUUCUGAUGGGGAUUCUGGAAGUGACUCGGUUAUACCUUGGCACCAAGGGCAACCUGACGGAGGCCGAGGUGCCGCUGGCCAUCAGCCUGGCCCUCACGGCGGGGGGCGCCCUGUUGUCCACCUACUUCCUGCUCUGGCAGACCCUGGUGCUGCGGGCAGACUCCAUCCUCAGUGCCACACUCCUGACACUCCAUGGCCUGGAGGCCAUUCUACAGCUGGUGGCCAUUGCUGCCUUUGUCAGCUAG